AUGGCAUCGCGCAAAGCCUCUGGCGGCUCGACACGCUCUGGCCCCCAUUCCCCUUCCUCAACGUCGCCCGGAAACCCCCAUUCACACCCCCGUUUAACACCUACGCAGACUGGAGCCAUGCUCGGUGUUGGUAUGGGCCCCUCUCGCCCCCUCAAGUCUCUAAGUCCCACAUGGCAGGUCUGGAGCGGAGCGCCCAAGCGCACUGUGUCCAACUCGACGACUGCCAGCGGUAGCGACCACCGCAGCUCACCAAAUGAGUCGGCCGCCGGAUACCGUUCGCUGUCUGAAGGCUGGCGCUCGGGCGCCCAGUGGGAAGACGUCGUCGGCGGCGGGCUCAAGGAUCCUGUCAACUAUGAUACACUCGCCCAUCCGAACGGAACCCGCGCCCGCCAAUCCGGUCCUAGGACGCCCUCUGGGGGGAUCUCCGUGCCUCGCGUUGCAUCAGGCGCCGUCGACAGUGAUCUUGCCCGGCAGCUCCGCGGCAUGGCCGUUGAUGAUGAUUACGCCGGCGGCCAGCCAUACUCGUCGUAUACGCCUCAGGUGCCCUCCAGCGUUGGUCCCGGACCUGGUCAGAUAUCACCCCGUGUCAACCAGCAACCCCGUGGCGCAUACCCUGGUGGCUUCGGGCAGGCCGACUACGCCUCCUAUCAGAGCACCACUCCCGGGCGCGAGCAAUAUUCGGACUACUCUUUCCCUUACGACGCCUACCGUACUCACCCCGACCCCGCGAUAUAUGCUGCAUCGUCUCCGGUCGCUCCGGUCUUCCCGACUGCGCAGCCCACAGGCUUCUUUGACUACAGCGCGACAAUGGCCCCAGCCGGUUAUUACUUCACAUCGCCAGCCAUGGUCGGCCCUCCUCUUGCUGAAUUCCCAAUCCUUCCCGCGGACUAUCUGUAUCACCUAAAGCAACAGGUCCCAAUGGCGCCCACGGCCACUAUGGUUUACCCGCCUGGCGUCGGUGUACAGUCGUCGCCACAUGCUCGUUACGGUCUACCGCCAGGCGACUACUCGCCCCGCAUGGGGAUGACGAUCAGCAACGGUGUGGUUUACCCGAGCCUGAACGCGCCUUCACCCGGUUCUUACCCGCACCGCCUUAACCCUGAUCGUCGUCGCGGAGGUCAGCCGGGCCCGCAAGGGUAUCGUGACCGCAGCGCCGAUGGCCCUCGCUCGGCAAUCUUGGAGGACUUCCGAGCCAACAAGAGUCGUCGCUGGGAGCUUAAGGAUAUUCUCGGCCACAUAGUCGAGUUCUCAAUUGACCAGCAUGGGUCCCGCUUCAUUCAGCAUCGCCUCGACACGGCGGGGCCCGACGUCCGCCAGAAGGCUUUUGAUGAGAUUGUCCCGCAGCACUUCAUGGCGCUCGUGGAGAAUGUUUUUGGCAAUUAUGUUAUCCAAAAGCUUUUCGAGCAUGGCACCGGACCCCAGAAGGCUGCGAUGAUGACGGCAAUGGAGACGCACAUUUUGCAAUUGUCCCUACACAUGUAUGGCUGUCGUGUCGUGCAGAAGGCCAUCGACUUCGUCGGCCCUGACUUGCAGGGUAUCUUUGUUCGGGAGCUCAAGGAUGAGGUCAUGCGCUGUGUCAAGGACCCCAACGGGAAUCAUGUUGUACAGAAAUUGAUUGAACGUGUUCCGCCGGAGCGUUUGGCAUUUAUCGCGUCAUUCGUUGGCAACGUCUACGAGCUUGCUUCUCACCCCUACGGUUGCCGUGUUCUUCAGCGUUGCCUGGAGCACCUUGGCCUCGAUGCGACGCGUCCUCUGCUCGAUGAGUUGCAGAAGUACAUCACCGACUUGAUGCAAGAUCAAUUUGGCAACUAUGUCGUCCAGUUCUUGUGCGAGAAUGGCGAGCCAAAGGACCGUGCCGUGGUCGUUGAGAAGCUUCGCGGCCACAUGCUCACGAUGUCCAAGCACAAGUUUGCAUCCAAUGUCGUCGAGAAGGCAAUCGUGACGUCUGACUCUGCGGGUCGCGAGCUGCUCGUCGACGAGAUCAUGCUGACUGGCGAGGAGGGCCAGGACACCAUCACGCUCAUGAUGAAGGACCAAUACGCCAACUAUGUUCUUCAGCGUGCUAUGAUGCAUGCCGAAGGCCAGCAGCAGAUAGACUUGUGCAACCGUGUUCGUCCCCAGCUCGCCGCCAUGAGGAAGCUGUCAUCUGUGUACACAAAGCAUCUCAACUCGAUCGAGCGUUGUCUCAACAAGAUCCAGCGUGCUCAUGCGCAGGCCGUCUCCCCAACCAGCACUACCUAG